AUGGGUUUCAAUGGUUCAAUAUUUACUUGGAGUAACAAACGAGAAGGUAGAGAAUUCACUAAGGAAAGAUUGGACAGAUUCUUGGGGAAUGAUUCAUGGUCAUUACUGUUUGAGGACUACUUCAUUAAAGUUCUUCCAGUGAUAAGCUCUGAUCAUGCUCCUUUGUUUAUUUCCUUUGGAAUGAAGGAGGGGCAGGAUUUUUUAAAGAAGAAAGUUUUUAGGUAUGAGAAUUAUUGGUCUAAACAGCAAGAAUGUAGAAAUAUUGUUACAAUGGCUUGGAGAGGGGCUUUGGUUGAAAAUGGUAAGAUGGGAAAGAUCAGGGAAAGUUUGUCUCAUUGUAAGCAUCAAUUAAGAGAAUGGACAAAGAACUUAAGGGGGUCCUUUAAAAAACAAUUGGAUCUCAAGAGGAAUUUGAUUCAAGAGGAAUUUAAUACUGGGGCUCUUAACGAGGAUAUCAAAGUGUUGCAACAAGAAGUGGAGAGAAUAUUAGAACUUGAGGACCUAAAAUGGAAGCAAAGGGCAAAGCAGAAAUGGCUUAAAGACGGGAAUAGGAAUUCCAGCUUUUUCCACAAAUGUGCAACCCAAAGGAAACAAUCCAAUGCUAUUAAAAAGUUAUUUGAUGAAAUAGGAAUUUGGGCUCGGAAAUAG